AUCAGCAGUGGGUUGAGCUGCUCCACACCGCCUCCGAUGGUUAAAGGAAAAAUAUGUUUGUGACAGAGUAGCUGAAUAUCUGCAGUUAAUGCCUCACCUCAAGCAUCCUGAAAAUGGACCAAAACUGAUUGGCAUUGACUUUGACCUGUCCACACUCGGGGAAAAUAAGAUAGAUCUCUUGGACAUGAAAUUGGAUGGUUUCAUCAAGAAUUUGAAAGUUCUAGUGUCUAAGAAAAAAAUAACUAGCAAGCAGGACUCUGAAGGCAAGGAAAUAUUAGCCCUACUGAAGAAAAAAGAUACUAAUGAAACAGAAGCCCUACUGGUAGAAAUUUUGCCAUCUAUGUUAACUUGCAAUAGGUUUGUUACCGUUGGAAAUGGUUACAAUGCCGUUAAAAUCAAACUGAGUUUUGUGGAAACACGGUUAUCUUUUGUAAUUAGAGUCAAUGCUGCUGGAGAUUAAAAUCGAAACAUUUGCCAGCUCAAGGAGCGUAUGGUUAAGGUUGGUGGCAACCUUCAGCCCUUCAAGGCAAUUGUUGGUGAACGGCCACACUUCACUGCAAUUUAUGUUUGUCUGGACUCUCAUCUGUUUAAAGUG